AAACGUUUCCCGGCCUCUCUUGGUCAGAGUGACGCAGUAGUCUGCAAACCUCGGAGCGUAGGCCACCGCACUUAUCCGCAGCAGGGCGGCCUGCAGCCAGUAGGGUGGGCUCUUCCCAGUGCCCGCCCAGCUACCGGCCAGCCUGCGGCUGCGCAGAUCUUUCGUGGUUCUGUCGGGGAGACCCCUGGGCAUUCCGGACUAAGAUGGCGGCGACGGCCAGGCGGGGUUGGGGAGCUGCGGCUGUUGCCGCCGGGCUGCGCAGGCGGUUCUGUCAUAUGUUGAAGAAUCCAUACACCAUUAAGAAACAGCCUCUGCAUCAAUUUGUACAAAGACCACUUUUCCCACUACCUGCAGCCUUUUAUAACCCAGUGAGAUACAUGUUUAUUCAAACACAAGAUACCCCAAAUCCAAACAGCUUAAAGUUUAUACCAGGAAAACCAGUUCUUGAGACAAGGACCAUGGAUUUUCCCACCCCAGCUGCAGCAUUUCGCUCCCCUCUGGCUAGGCAGUUAUUUAGGAUUGAAGGAGUAAAAAGUGUCUUCUUUGGACCAGAUUUCGUCACUAUCACAAAGGAAAAUGAAGAAUUAGACUGGAAUUUACUGAAACCAGAUAUUUAUGCAACAAUCAUGGACUUCUUUGCAUCUGGCUUACCCCUAGUUACUGAGGAAACACCUUCAGGAGAAGCAGGAUCUGAAGAAGAUGAUGAAGUUGUGGCAAUGAUUAAGGAAUUGUUAGAUACUAGAAUACGGCCAACUGUGCAGGAAGAUGGAGGGGAUGUAAUCUACAAAGGCUUUGAAGAUGGCAUCGUACAGCUGAAACUCCAGGGUUCUUGUACCAGCUGCCCUAGUUCAAUCAUUACUCUGAAAAAUGGAAUUCAGAACAUGCUGCAGUUUUAUAUUCCAGAGGUAGAAGGCGUAGAACAGGUUAUGGAUGAUGAAUCAGAUGAAAAAGAAGCAAACUCACCUUAAAAUAAUCUGGAUUUUCUUUGGGCAUAACAGUCAGACUUGUUGAUAAUAUAUAUCGAGUUUUUAUUAUUAAUAUGCUGAGGAACUUGAAGAUUAAUAAAAUAUGCUCUUCAGAGAAUGAUAUAUAAA